CAGAUGGCUCGCCCGAAGAAGAAGCAGCAAAAAAAAAAUCCUGCUGUGCCGCGCACGGGCACUUUGAACCAGAUAAGUAUUUAUACAACAACAAAGAAUGGCGAUACAUGCCUUCUGUCCACCGAUAUGUGAGCAACUGUUUGCGAGACGACUGCGUGUACUCGGUAAAACCCGACUACAGCAACCUCGUGUACGAUCAACGGGAGGAGGCCAGGGCUGAAUACGCAAGCGCAACUCCCUGGCCUUACUACGAAGACGGCGUGGACGCUGGUGAAGAGGAGGACUCCACUGCACAAACACCAUUGGCGCCGGAAGAAAAUGCUCCUGACCAGCCAAAGCGGCAAGACGAUCGAUACAGCAGCAUUCUCCAGAAAUCCGAAGCCGAACAGGAGGCAGAGCGCACUGCUCCUGCACGAGCGGAGCAAGCUGCUCAGCAACAGGCAGACGAUGACAAGUGGGAGGCGGGAAUCGAUGAGAUGAAGAGAAAGAUUGCCACCUUCGAGAUGGCACUGCGUGAACAUAAGAAAAAGAAGCUCCUUGGGCAGAACGACUAGUUCUGCUCUCUUGGUCUCGAUCACAGCGCGUUUGCUUCGCAGCGCUCCGGCUGGGCAGUCAAUGAUCCUCGGAUCACAAGUACUCCGGUACCACUUUGAGGAAGCCUGCACUUUGGUGCCAUAGAUCACCUCUCUGCACCUCGGUGCCCUCUCGAUCCUAUCUGUACUUCGGUAUCAUGGAUCGAUGACUCUGCACUACGGUGCCUCGCUCUCUCCUUAGGAAUGUUUGCAUCUCGGUGCCCUCUCGAUCCUAUCUGUACUUUAGUACCAUAGAUCGAUGACUCCGCACUACGGUGCCCCUUCUCGCGCUUCUAGCUACAUGUAUGCUAAUAAGAGUUGCAUAUUAUCAACUCAUAUAUAGCACCAGCCGUGCUAUGGUACACCACUUGCUGAGAUGCGAAGCAAGGCAAGGAUUGUGAAUUAAAUUACACCAUGCACUGGCAGAUGAGACUGGCAACAGGUCACGUCGAGGCUGAAUUCCACGACAAAUCUUGUGCAUCUGAACCGUCCAUAUACUACGGCAUAGCAUCUGGUGAUUACCCCUGGGACGCAGUAACAGACAUGCCAGUACAUAGCAACAGAAGAGAUGCCAUUUCCUCCUCUC